GGGAGGUGUGGUUGCAAAUUUGUAAAAUUUAGUGUUUAUUUAACAAGUUAGUCCAUUAAAGCUAGUGUUAGGCGCAAGUUUAAAGUUAAAUUAAUCCAGUUUAAGCUAAACAUUAUCAAAAUCUGCAGUCAGUAUGGCAGGCAGGCUACCGGCGUGUGUAAUCGAUGUAGGAACCGGGUACUCUAAACUUGGCUUCGCAGGAAACAAGGAGCCCCAGUUCAUUAUACCCUCGGCUAUUGCCAUUAAGGAAUCGGCGCGUGUGGGCGAUACCAACACGCGACGCAUCACAAAAGGCAUAGAGGACUUGGACUUUUUCAUUGGCGAUGAGGCUUUUGAUGCCACAGGUUACUCCAUUAAAUAUCCCGUACGUCAUGGUCUAGUGGAAGAUUGGGAUCUCAUGGAGAGAUUCUUGGAGCAAUGCGUUUUCAAGUAUUUGCGCGCCGAGCCCGAAGAUCAUUACUUCCUUUUGACUGAGCCACCGUUGAACACGCCCGAAAAUCGUGAAUAUACGGCGGAAAUCAUGUUCGAGACGUUUAAUGUUCCUGGUCUCUAUAUAGCGGUGCAGGCCGUAUUGGCCCUGGCCGCCAGUUGGGCUUCCAGAUCAGCUGAAGAACGUACGCUGACGGGCAUUGUGGUGGACAGCGGUGAUGGAGUGACGCAUGUUAUACCCGUGGCUGAGGGCUACGUUAUUGGGUCGUGUAUUAAGCACAUUCCGAUUGCUGGGCGAAACAUCACAUCAUUUAUACAGAGUUUGUUGCGAGAACGUGAAGUAGGCAUACCGCCCGAACAGAGUCUCGAAACUGCCAAAGCGAUCAAAGAGAAACAUUGCUAUAUAUGUCCAGACAUCGCCAAAGAGUUUGCCAAGUACGAUACGGAGCCGAGCAAAUGGAUUCGCAACUUUACGGGCACGAAUACUGUGACGAAGCAGCCUUUUAGUGUGGAUGUGGGCUAUGAACGUUUCCUAGGACCUGAAAUCUUCUUUCAUCCAGAAUUCUCGAAUCCCGAUUUUACCAUACCACUGUCGGAAAUUGUCGAUAAUGUUAUUCAAAACUGUCCAAUAGAUGUGCGACGUCCUUUGUACAACAACAUUGUGCUAAGUGGCGGUUCAACUAUGUUCAAAGACUUUGGCAGACGAUUGCAACGGGACAUAAAGCGAUCUGUGGACACACGCUUGCGUAUUAGUGAGAAUUUAUCCGAGGGGCGCAUAAAGCCAAAACCUAUUGAUGUUCAGGUGAUUACGCAUCAUAUGCAACGCUAUGCCGUUUGGUUUGGUGGCAGCAUGCUGGCCUCUACGCCCGAGUUCUAUCAGGUCUGUCACACAAAGGCCGCCUAUGAGGAGUAUGGUCCCAGCAUUUGCCGUCACAAUCCAGUUUUUGGCACCAUGACAUAAUCGGUCCAUAUUUUUGUCCACUUACUCCAUUUAUUUUUUUGUUCGAUUUCUGAUUCUGUUCGUACGAUUAUGUAUUCCAUGCUAAAGUAUUGCUUAGGUGAACCACUUAAGUGUUAGUAAUGAUUUUCUACGUGUUUAGGUCUAAAGUUGUAGCCGCAGCCAAUACACACAAAAGUUAGUGUUGCUUUAUUGUGCCCUGUAAAUUUUGGUCUAUGUUCAUUUGUGCGUUUUUUCGGUUUAAUUUCAUUUAGACUUAUAUAAUUCAUAACUAUGUCUGCCAGUUAAAAUUUCUGCAAGAUGCAUUAAUUUUGCGAUAUUUAGAAGCAUAACUUUUUGUAAACCACAAACACAAUACAAUACCCGCCCCCAAAGGCCCAACUCUAAACACAAUUGCAUAUAUAUAUAAAAUGAAAUUGUACUUGUCAUAGUAAUAUUUAUAUUGCAAUAACUGCAAAAGGUUUAUACAUACAUAAAAAAAACAAAGACAAUGAAAUAUUGAUGAAAAAUCUGUUUGUUAUAUUGGUAAGCAUAAUUGAAAAAUGGCAUUAAUUAAAUCAAUAAAACAUUCUUUAAGCUCAAAA